AUGACAACCACGACCUCAAAGACAGCUCCAGUCCAUGUACCUUACAUUCAAGCUACCGAGACAAGCGAGCAGCUAGAUUGGGCAGAUCUGGUGGCCUUGGACCUAUCCAAAUUUGACAAGUCCGGGGGUAAAGAGGAGCUUGCAGAAGAAUUCACGAGAGCGAUUGAACAGAUAGGCUUCUUUUACAUCAUCAACCAUGGUCUCAGUCGGGAAGCCAUCGAUCAGCAGUAUGCUCUGGCCUCGUCCGUUCUCAGUCUGUCGGACGAAGACAAGGCACCAUACAGAGCAGCACUUGAGGCCGGCGAUUUCAAUGGUUGGAAGCCCCCAGGCACCAGAGAGCUGAUCCCAGGCGUCCGGGACAACUUCGAGAUUUACAACAUCCCAAAGUUCAUCUCGGAGCAUGCGUCACGACCGCACCCCGAUGUAGUCACAGAGAACUUCGCGUCAAUCGAGCAGUUCUCCCGAUACGUCAACGACGAGAUUAUCCGGAAGCUUCUCGUCAUAUUUGCGCUGGCACUUGGUCUUGAGGACGAGGAGUGGUUCGUCAAGAAGCAUCGUUACGAGAAGUCUAGCGGCGACCAUCUCCGAUACAUGAAGUAUUACGCGAGAACCGAGGAGGAGAAUCGAAAGCUGGGUGGUGUUUGGCUGAAGGGACACUCGGAUAUGGGCAGUCUGACAUUGCUCUUUCGGCAACCUGUCGCUGCGCUCCAGGUCCUCACGAACGACGGGACCUGGAAGUGGGUGCGCCCGCAGACGGACGCGCUGACAGUGAACAUUGCUGAUGCGCUGCAAUUCCUCACAAACGGGUACCUUAAGUCAAGCAUCCACAGAGUCGUAGCGCCUCCGAAAGACCAAGCACAUAUCGAUCGUCUGGGAGUUAUUUACAUGGUUCGCAUAGAAGAUGAUACGGACCUGGUCCCGAUUAAGGAGUCUCCCGUUCUACAGAAGCUUGGCCUCUCUGAGGGCACGGUACUUGGAAGUGACGGUAAGCCUGUGAAGGCAGGAGAGUGGGUGAGGGAGAGGAUAAUCAAGAACAUCGGUGCCACGAGUCAGUCCAAUGGUGACAAUUCGGUCAAUGAUCUAGAAGUCAUCAAGGGUGUCAAGACGACAUAUUUUGAUUGA